AUGCCAAGGAAAGCAGAAUUAGGUGGGUCGGACACGAUUGAUUCGUUUCAACGACAAUCGUUGGACCAGAGCAGUAAGCUACUGGAUACCACCAUCAAACGCCCAGCAGGAAGUCCGUCGACCCGAUGGUCAAGCCCCUUCACGAAGUACUUCAAAGAAAAGUACGACGCUCAUCGAGUUCCUCGCGAGAAGAGAUUCCACUGGGCAACACUUGCGUACGAUCGGGACAAAUGA